UUCAUAUUAUGAACCCCCUGAGAUUAAAAACAUAUUAAUAUACCGGACUUGUACACUGUAAUGUGUAAUCUGAUCCUCUACUUCUAAUCUUAGUUCUAUUUCUCUAUACACCACGAUACUAGGAUUUAUAAUAUCAACCACGAAAAACAGUUGAGAAUAAAAAGUGUACAUGUGCUUAAAUUGUUCUGCCUAAUGUAAGUAAUAAAUUAUAAUCUACAAACAUGGAACAAUGUUAGUGUGAGAUAUCCACAAAGUUUACAAGUGUUAAAUAUGACCUGCAUAAUGCUGGAGCAAUCAAUACCAGCUUUCUCAGCACAGGUGGGUUUAUCCAGUUCAUCCAGUUAUACAGUUUACUCAGUAAUCCACCUCUUACAGCUUCUUCUCAUAUUAUCUUCUAGCUGAUAAAGUUCUUCCAGUCCUCCAGUUUUUUAAAUUUUUCAAGUGCUCCAGUUCUAAUCCAGCCUAUCAAGAUCAUAUUCAGCCUACGGUACACAAGCACCCAGUCUCCCGUACAAACCUUGGAUAAUAUGAGCAGCUUAAAACUGGUUUGAAUCCAGUUUAAGAAUGAGAUAUCUAUUUUUGUUAUUUUCUGUUCUUCCAGCUACCCUGAGCACCAGGGUUCUGCUCCUAGUUCUUGAGGGACUAACGGAGACGCUUCUCCGGAGAAUCUCAACCCCUGCUCUUGACUCUAUAUUUGAGAACGGAGCCGGGUUUCGUAUGAAACCAGAAUUUCCUGCCGAAUCACUCCCAACCCUGCAAGCUAUGGUGACCGGUCAGCACUCUGAGAUGACCGGAGUUCUGGGCAAGGAGGUCAACUACUUCGGGAAACCGUUACAGUACACAGACAUGCUGUUCUGGAAUUAUAAUCCAAACAUUUCAACAAUUGCUGAUAUACACGCUUAUGGAGGUGAGGGGUUGACAGGAUCAGUUGGCUGGCCUGGAGCACAGUUCUAUCAGAACCAGGAGAACAUGAGGCUGUGGGGAACUGUUUAUCAUAUCGACGAGUCGGUAGCGAAGCACACGACACCAACUUCAAAACUCAAGGAACGAAGAACGGAUCGACGAAGACGAAGUUUAUCCAAGGAGUCUGGAAUACUACAAGAACAGGACUCAUGGGGAUUGCUACAUGAGCCAGACAGCAUAGAAGAUACUCUUGAUGGGACGGAUGGAGAGGAGGAGGGACAUAUAGAAGAUGAGGAAACCAACCCUGUGAACCAAACUGAAAAUAUCGAUAGAUUUUUCUUUAAUAAAACUACAGAUCAGGAUUGGUUGAGAUGGACUAAUCAGGUGAAUACAGUUGUAGACUGGUUCAGAUCAGAGAAGCCGGUAAACCUAGUUCUGUUCUACCUGGACCAACCCGGAGAUACGAUCAGAUUCUUUGGACCGGAGUCAGAGGAGGUGGAUCUAGCAGUUUACAAGGUUGACCAGCUUGUUGGUUACCUGCUCCAGGUGCUGGAGGAAAGAGGUCUAGCCGAGGAUACGAACCUUGUCCUAACCGGCCUCCAUGGGUUCCUUCAAGUCACCACAGAGAAUGUUUUUGAUGUCAGCAAUCUCGUCGACUCGAAGGAGUAUCAGAUAUACGGUGAGAACCCUGUUCUAAACCUACAACCUGUACAUGUUGACAAGCAGCUAGAUAUAUACGCUGCACUCCAGGGUAGCGAGGAUACAGACAAGUUCAACCUGUACAACAAGCACGGGAUCCCGGACCAGUACAAAUACAAGAACAACGACAGGGUCACGGAUAUUGUCCUCGUGGCGAAGGAAGGGUUUGCCUUCGCUUCCACUUUCUAUAAGGAGGUCAAGGAUUUAAAUCUGAGAUCGAACCGGAGUGUCCGGCUUUCAAACCUGUACGGAUUCGCAGGAUAUGAUAAUAGCCUACCUAGCAUGCAGAGUUUCUUACUAAUUCGAGGACCCGGAGUUGUCCAACCCGUCCUGACUCCGGGGAAAAUAGCUCAAGUAGACGCAGUGGAUGUGUUCCCACUGAUAGCUCAUCUUUUAGGUUUGGUUGCUCCUCCUACUAACGGAAGCCUGGAUGUAUUCCGAUCCUACCUUUACAAUCCACCCAGUCAUACAGUACAAGUUAUCAAGGAGGCAAUAGACUAUAUUCAACAGAAGGAAAAUCUUCCAAAAGCUGGUGCUGCUGUUGGUAUCCUUGUUGUCCUGAUUCUUCUUAUCUGCUGUUGCUGUUGCUGUUGGUUCAAUAGAUCUCGAACUAAAGAUAUCGCAAAGAAUCAUACAUACAGAUACUCACAAGUGAAGAGUAACCGACGGCAUGAGAGUCGUGUAGACGGUAGUGAAGGAGGACCUGAAGAAGAUAAGGUUGGACUCCUAACCUCCUCAGCUCUCAUGAUGGAUAUGGAGUUUGAGGAAACAGUUUGACUCCUACAGCAGGGUUGUUACUUAGCUUGAGUACUUGAUUUAUUAAACUAUAAUAUCUCUUCAUCUAGUAUCUAUGUAUUGUAUGUUAGCAAAACUUCACUUCGAUACUUUAAAUGGCAAAAUUUCGAUUUGAAUUCUUAUCAAAUCGAACGUUUGGCUGGAACGAUUUAAAAUUUUGAAGAAAUAAAACAUAAACUAAGAUAUAUAUAAACAUAAAACACGU